UGACAAUGUGGAUGAGAGUGUGGAGAUGGAAUGAGAGAGAGAGUGGAAAGUAAAAGGGAGAGAGGAAGAAGAGUGCGUAGAGAGCGAGAGAGAGAGAGAGGGCGAGAGAGAGAAGUAGAAACUUUUCAAAGAAUGACAGCCAGUAUAGUUGAGAGGGAGCAUGGACCCAAGGUGACUCUAUAGGGAACUGAUGCACUGCAGGCAGUUACUUACACAACUUUUACAAGGGGAAUUUAGUGAGCUUUGAGAGAAAAGAAGAAGAGACAGAUAAGAGAAGAAGAGCAAAAAAGGACAGAGAAAAAAUAAAUAAGGAAAAAUAGAAGGAAAAUGAGAACGUAGCCAUUUGAAGAUACAAGAAAGACACAAGAAACAAAGGCCUGUCAUCGUAUCACCAAAGAAAACACAAAACCUCAUUUUGAAAACAAAUUGAUUUGAUUCGCUUUUGAGUAUCCAUCAUGGGAGAUCGACAUCACCACCAUCCUGGGGGUGGUAGGCCUGUCUACACCCUCCUACUCAGCAUAGGUCUGGCCUUGCUGGCCCUGUUGUCUGAGGCCCAGGGCCGUAUGGAUAGAGCCAAGACAGAAGAGGAGAGUGGAGCAGGGCUGCUGAGGAGGGUGAAGAGAGGCUGGGUAUGGAACCAGUUCUUUGUGCUGGAGGAGUACACUGGACUGGAGCCACUGUACAUAGGAAAGCUCCACUCAGACAUGGACCUAGGGGACGGCUCCAUCAAGUACAUCCUGUCAGGCGAUGGUGCGGGCACCACCUUCACCAUUGACGACAGUACAGGUGACAUCCAUGCUAUCAAGAGGCUGGACCGUGAGGUGCAGGCCCAGUACCUUCUGCGAGCCCAGGCCUGGAACAGACAAACAGACCGACCCCUGGAGCCUGAGUCUGAGUUUAUCGUCAAAAUCCAGGACAUCAAUGAUAAUGAACCAAAGUUCCUGGAAGGGCCCUACCAGGCCACCAUACCUGAGAUGUCAACCAUCGGCACUGAGGUGAUUCAGAUGACAGCCACAGAUGCAGAUGACCCUACGUAUGGUAACAGUGCCAGGGUGGUCUACAGCAUCCUACAGGGACAGCCAUACUUCUCUGUAGAGCCUAAGACUGGUGUGGUGCGUGUGUCUCUGGCGGGCAUGGACCGCGAGGUCAGGGAGAACUACUCUGUCAUCAUCCAGGCCAAGGACAUGGGAGGCCAGCUAGGGGGUCUGGCCGGAACCACAGUGGUUAACAUCACCCUCAGUGACGUCAAUGAUAACCCACCCAUGUUUGAUCAGAAGCUGUACCAGAUGAGUGUUCCAGAGUCGGCUCCGGUGUCAUCUGUUGUGGGUCGUAUCCGGGCGAAGGACCGUGACAUUGGCAUCAAUGCAGAGAUGAGGUACAGCAUAAUCGACGGAGACGGGAGGGACACCUUCGACAUCAACACAGACCCAACCAACCUGUUUGGCAUCAUCACCAUCAAAAAGCCUCUGAACUUUGAGACCAAGGCGAGCUACACGCUGAAGAUCGAAGGAGCCAACACACACGUUGACCACCGUUUUCCGGACAAGGGCCCGUUCAACCAUGUCACCAUCGUUCACGUCAGCGUAGAGGAUGUGGACGAGCCCCCAGAGUUUAGCUCGGCUGCCUACUACAUAGCGGUCCCUGAGGACACAGAGAUCAGCACAAUGUUUAUGAUGGUCUCCGCUAGAGACCCCGAUGCUGCCAACACCUCCAUCAGGUAUUCCAUAGAGAGGAACACUGACCUGGGGAAAUACUUCUACAUUGACAUCACUUCCGGGGCAUUGAUGACAGUGCUUCCUUUGGACAGAGAGGAGUUUUCCUGGCAUAACAUCACCGUCCUGGCCAUGGAGAUGAAUAACCCCAGGAUGAUCGGGAGUGUGUCUGUCGCCGUGAAGAUUCUGGACGUGAAUGAUAACCCUCCGUUGCUGACACAGUACUUUGAAGCCUUUGUCUGUGAGAGUGCCAAUGCCGGACAGCUGAUUCAGACAGUGACGGCAGUAGACGCAGAUGAUCCUCUGGGAGGUCAUCACUUCUACUACAGCCUGGCCUUAGAGGCAGCUAAUAACCCCAACUUCACCCUUAGAGACAACCAAGACAACACAGCAUGGAUCCUGACGCGUCGCGGGGGCUGGUCUCAGCAGGAUCAGUCAGUCUACUACCUUCCUAUCUUCAUCUCAGAUGGAGAGCAGCCAGUCCAGACCAGCACCAGCACCCUGACCAUCCGUGUGUGUAGCUGCGAUGUGGAGGGCAACGUUAUGUCCUGUAAUGCUGAGGCCUACCACCUCCCGGCUAGUCUGAGCAUAGGGGCGCUCAUCGCCAUACUGGCAUGUAUCUUUGUCCUGCUCGUGAUGGUCCUGCUCAUGUUGUCCCUCCAGAGCCACCAUAAGAAGCCCUACCUGCACGAUGAGGAAGACAAUGUCCACGAGAACAUUGUCCGCUACGAUGACGAGGGGGGCGGAGAAGAGGACACCGAGGCCUUCGACAUCGCUGCCAUGUGGAACCCACGCGAGGCCCACCUAGUGGGGAAGCAACGUCAGGACAUGCUGCCUGAGAUUGAGAGCCUGUCGCGUUACGUUCCCUUAGCAUCAGUAGGUGGGCCGGGUUGUGGUGGUGGAGACAGCAACGUCCAGGGGUAUGUGCUAGCCAAGCUCCUGGAGACGGAUCUGAACCCCUGCGCCCCGCCUUACGACUCCCUGCAGACGUACGCCUACGAGGGGGAGGGAUCGGUGGCCGAGUCCCUGAGCUCGCUGCAGUCUGGGUGCUCCAAUACUGAUCAUGAGUAUGACUAUCUCAAUGACUGGGGGCCCAGAUUUAAGAAACUGGCAGAGAUGUAUGGGGUUCUAGAGACGAACAACCCUCCCAUGUGGUAGAGGGGAGGAUGGAACGAGAGACUCCCCCCUACAUACACACACCUUAGAGAAAGAGUGGAAACAGAGUCAUAGAGAGACAAUGACUGAAACAGUGACAAACACAGAGGCUGAAACAGAGAGAUAGACACAGGACUAGAGAGAGAGAAAGAGAGUUUGAAAGGUGUGCUCGUCAUAUAACUGUAGCACUUGCGAAUGCACAGCUAAGCAUCGCCUGUUCUCCACAGUUUGAGCCGUGUAGCUUCCUAGCUACCAUCACAAUCCCUCCCCAUCCACAUGAAGAGUCUUUAGAGGAGCCUGGACUGACUGACUGACAGACAGCUAGCACAACGAGACCCUCAAAGCAAAGGGCUUCAAAGCACACGUUAGUUAACUCCUGUGGCCAACCCAGGCCCUAGCCACAGGCGCCAGCAGCUCUUUGGUUCAAAGGGUUCGAUUCCCCUCAGAAGAACACAAGAUAGGGGAGCGAAGGGCAAAUGUGAAACUCAGAAUACAUUACCUGCCGAUACUACAUGUAUGAGGAGACAAACAAACUCUGAAACGCUGACUUAUUUUGGCAGUUUGUUUUGCCGAUUUUAAAAAUAAAAAAUAAACGUUUUUUUUUCUCUUCUUUUGGUCAAGCUUUAGUUUAAAAAAAUUCUAAGCCACUAUGUGACUAUUUUUUUUAAGGUAAAUGAUUUGAUGAAAAGUUUUUUGUUAUUGUUGCAGCCAUUUUGAUUUGAGAACUGCUAUUUAUUCCCAGUAGCUCCAUUAUGUGACCGUAUCUUACUAAUUAAUUAUUUUAAUAUGCUGUCCUUAUAUUUAGUAUAACUUAUUUUUUAGGAUCCAAACAAACACUGGACUUGUGUUAGAUGUUAUCUCAAGGUUGUGAGAUCGGCAUAAAAUAUGUUCAAAUUUGUUCGAGCGUAACAUAAAUAUUUCAAUGGCGUCUAAUUGCAUUUCUGUUGUGUGUGUUUCUGUGUCUUGUUUCAGACAGAGUAAGGGAGAUGUAAACUCAGUAAUCCUGUUUGGAUUUAAAGUUAAUUUGUUUAAUGUGUCAAUCCAUAUUUUGUUAGUAUGAACACUUUGUUGUUUUGCUGCUGGUUAGGAGCAUGAAGCAUGAUCAUGCAUUCACCGGGAUAUUCUGUGUGUCCCAAAUGGUAUGAUAUUUCCUACAUGGGCCCUGGUCAAAAAUGGUGCACUAUUUCUCAUAUUUAACUAGGCAAGUCAGUUAAGAACAAAUUCUCAUUUACAAUGACGGCCCUUGCCAAACCCUCCCCUAACCUGGAUGACACUAGGCCAAUUGUGUGCCGCCCUAUGGGACUCCUGAUCACGAACGGUUGUGAUACAGCCCGGGAUUGAACCCGGGCCUGUAGUGACGCCUCUAGACCGCUGCACCACACGGGAGGCCCACUAUAUAGGAAAUCGGGUUCCAUUUGUGAUGCAGGAACAAUCUUAAGCUCUUGUUUUGAGAUAUACUGUCCAUGAUACCACAGCAGGACUGGGGGACAUUACAGUAACUGAUUUGAUGAUGCUAAGUUACCAUCAACUUCUCAGUCAACAUCACAAACAUACCUGGAUGAACACAAACAGGAGAUUUAUGAAAUAACCAUUUCAUCAGGGUAUCAGCCAUGAACAGCAGUGGAAAUGGGGGGGAAGGGGUCUGAGACCAAAACAACAGAGUUGAUGGUUCAUCUGUCCUUUUGGAGAAACCAAAUUGUCUACUCCUCCACAUUUUGUGGCUUAAUCUCAACCCUCACAUUCCGACCAGUGGACUUUGAUAACUUUGAUAAUCUGCUUCUUUAUGUGCCAAAUGUAAAGAAGAAGUUUUAAAAAAUACUUCAGAACGCCAAAAAGAAAAAAAACGAGUGAAAUUAUUUUUUGAUCAUUUCUGAUUGGGUGGAAUCUACUUGAAAUAUGUGUGGUGUCAGUUAUGCUACAGUAUGUGGUAUUUGAAUGUAAAUGUGUUUUGUAUACUUGGUAAUAAAAUACAAAAAUAAAACCUUCUGUGGUCGACAUUCGCAGAGAUUGUGUAUUCAUGGUAAACACUGCCGAUGCUGGCUGAAGUGAAAAUUACCCUUUAAAUGUUAAGCACUGUGUACUUGAUUGAUUCCCGGGUUUUGAGUGCUAAAUAAAGUUUUUUCGUUACUUUUAUGCCUUUUAGGUAUUUUGGCAUUAAUUGGGGGAGCUUGCUGCAAGCAAGAACAACUUUAGAUGUCCAACAUACUUAUUAGUCUCCUUCUGCUGCCCCCUGUAGAGCCAAACUGUAAAUGCAACCAACAUCAAAAUAACUUUAAAACAUGCAGGCUGACUGACUUCAGGUUGAUAAAAAAAAGUUUGAUACUUUUCAAACUACAACCACUUUUGUGUCAAACCCAAUGCAUUUUAAUGUCAAUAGAAAAAUUCUGGUCACUACUAGUCUUCCACCAUUUAAGAUAGUGUCACGACUUCCAACCAAGUCGGUUCCUCUCCUUUUUCGGUCGGAGUCACCGGUCUUCUAGCCAUCGUCGAUCCACUUUUCAUUCUCCAUUUGUUUUGUCUUGUUUUCCUACACACCUGUUUUUCAUUUCCCUCAUUAAUUGUUGUGUAUUUAACCCUCUGUUCCCCCCAUGUCUUUGUGUGGAAUUGUUUGCUGUAAGUGCUUGUGCACAUGUUGACUGGUGCGUGACGGGUUUUGUACCCAAGUUUUGUUAUUCUUUAUGCCGUUGAUUUUGCAAUUAAACUG